AUGGCCGGUCCGACUGCUUCCGCUGGCGCCAGCGGCAACUCUGGAGCGCCCGACGAGAAGAAGCGUAAGAAGAUUCGUCCACCACAAGUGUUUUUCAAUUACAACGACCUCUCAGCGAAAGGCUACGAUAUAGCAAAGAAGCAGGAUUCCUCCUAUUUGAUGGGUGGCGAGAAAUAUUACAAUGGAUUCCUUCUCAAGGUGAUGAGAGUGCGUAGUUUGAUUACGGACGGUGUCGUUCCAUCGCUCGAGGAGCUACAGAAAUUCCAGAACCGUCCUGAAGUUGAAAACGACGGAUAUGGCGAUGACAGCGAACAGCCAUCCACCAUGAACAGCAUUCUCGACGCACAAAUCAUUCCCAAAGUGGCAGCUCGUCCCAUUAAUUUCAGUAAAGGUGAUACCGUCAAAGUAAUCGAAGGUGAUCUAAAGAAUCUUAUGGGUAUAGUUGAUUCCGUCGAUGAUAAAUCAGUUGCUGUAUUACCAUUACAUGAUUCUCUUUCAGAAAUUUUAAUUUUCCAUCCAUCAGAGUUACAGAAAUACUUUAAGAUUGGUGAUCAUGUAAAGGUUAUUUCAGGUAGAUAUGAAGGUGAAACUGGUUUGGUUUUGCGUGUCGAAGAUAUUGCUGCUGUGUUGUUGUCAGAUUUGACAAUCACUGAAAUCAAGGUUAGACCACAGGAUCUUCAAGAAUGUACAGAGAUUGCAACUGGAAAGUUAGAACUUGGAAAUUAUGAAUUACAUGAUCUUGUACAAAUUACUCCACAAAAAGUAGGAAUUAUUGUUAAAGUAGAAAGAGAUUCAUUCAAGAUUUUAGAUGAGAAUUCAAAUGUAACAACAGUUAAAUUACAAGAGGUUGGAAAUAAGAGAAGAACGAAAUCCAUUACCACUUUGGAUACUCAUCACAACACUCUCAAUGCCAAUGAUGUGGUCGAGGUGAUCGAUGGUCAGUAUCGUGGCAAACAGGGUGUCAUUUUACAUAUUUCCAGAAACUUUUUGUUCCUAAAGAGCAAGGAUGUUUUUGAGAAUGGUGGUAUCUUUGUGGUUCGUGCCAACUAUUGUUCGUUACUCGGUGGCUCCAAGAAUAAGACAAUGCCAUCGUUCCAGUCACCGUCUAACAGUGGUGGUGGUGGACAACGUGGAAGCUAUGGAGAUCGUGGUGGCGGUCGUGGUGGAUAUAACAAUAAUAAUAGCGGAGGUGGCGGCGGUGGUGGAGGACGUGGAGGUGGCAGAGGUCGGGGUCGUGACGACAGUCCACUCCACAAGACUGUAACUAUAAAGACUGGUUCCUGGAAGGGUUAUGUUGGUAUCGUGCGUGAGUGCACCGACACCAUGGUACAAGUCGAACUCCAAACCAACUCCAGACGUAUCAAUGUACAAAGAAACAAUAUAUUGCUGCCAGGCGAGCGUCUACACCAACAGACUCAAUCGAACGACUGGGACAGCUCCUCGCAGAUCUACUUGGCGAGUCGCACGCCAAUGCGCGAGGAGAAUCCGGCAAUGACACCGAUGAGAAUAAACACACCCGCCCGAAACCAAUCGUCCGAUCCUUGGGGAUCGCAAACUCCACAUCGUGGUUCAUCGAUUUCGUACGAACAGCCGACCCCGACGGGCAACGACAACGUGCCACCCUCGCCAUUCACACCGUAUGCACCACAGACUCCGGCCACACCAUCGACACCGUCGAUCGACGAGCAAGACGACGACCUCGAAGGCACCCCAUGGAAGGGAACCGAGAUUGAAGUCACAUUCAAGCCGGGCACCGAGCACAGCGGACAGACUGCAGUCGUCAAGGAGUGCAAAGACGGUAUUGUCACUGUCGAGCUGGCCGACGGCAAAUUCGUCAAGAACGUAUCUCAAGAGAUAUUGGAGCUUGUUCAGCCAGCCAAGAAAGAACGUGUCGUCGUCAUCAAAGGUCAAUACAUUGGUAGCACUGGUACACUCUUUGUAAUUUCACCGGGUAGCACUAUAUCGGGUAUCGUUAAAAUGGAUUCUAAUUCAGAUUUCAAAGUUUUCAAAAUGGGUCAUCUUGGAAAAUCCGUUGUCCAAUAA